AUGUCUCGCUUAACACCCAAUCCAAACCACUACGAUAGAUCUCCUUUCUUCAACCAAUCCAUGGAGCUCGUUCAACUUCCCAACCAACCCAUAACCCGAAACCGAACCCAUAUCUCUCCCACCCUCGGCGAGCUCCUUAAACGCGUCGAAGACGCUCAAAACGACAACACUGCUACUGCUGCACCACCCCACCACGUUCUCGACCUCUCUUCUUUCUCUUCUCACUCUCACCCCUUUGUUCUCUCCUUCACUAACUUAACUUACAGCGUCAAACUCCGCCGCAAGACGGUUCUCACCCCUUUCUUCUUUUCCCCUACCAACGUUUCCCCGCCGGCGAACCACGAGGCCGAGACCAAACCCAACGGCACCAAGAUUCUUCUCAAUGACAUCUCUGGCGAGGCCAGGGACGGCGAAAUCAUGGCUGUCCUAGGCGCCAGCGGCUCCGGCAAGUCCACGCUCAUCGACGCCCUCGCCGACCGAAUUUCAAAGGAGAGCCUGAAAGGCACGGUGACCCUAAACGGCGACGUUCUGGAGUCGAGUCUCCUGAAGGUAAUAUCCGCUUACGUCAUGCAAGACGACCUUCUAUUCCCCAUGCUCACCGUCGAAGAAACCCUCAUGUUCUCCGCCCAAUUCCGCCUCCCUCGCUCCCUCUCCAAAUCCAAGAAGAAAGCACGCGUCCAGGCCCUCAUCGACCAGCUCGGUCUAAGAAACGCCGCCACCACAGUCAUCGGCGACGAGGGCCACCGCGGCGUCUCCGGCGGAGAACGCCGUCGUGUCUCCAUCGGAAUCGAUAUCAUCCACGACCCUAUUGUGCUGUUCCUGGACGAACCAACCUCCGGCCUCGACUCCACCAGCGCCUUCAUGGUGGUAAAGGUGCUCCAGCGAAUCGCUCAGAGCGGAAGCAUCGUCAUCAUGUCCAUACACCAGCCCAGCUCCAGAAUCUUAAGCCUUCUGGACCGCUUGAUCUUCCUCUCCCACGGUCAAACCGUCUUCAGCGGCUCUCCGGCGGCACUCCCCCUCUUCUUCUCCGAGUUCGGGCAUCCCAUACCGGAAAAUGAGAACCGCACCGAGUUCGCACUGGAUCUCAUUCGCGAGUUGGAAGAAGCUCCCGCUGGUACCAAAAAUCUAGUGGAGUUCAACAAGUCGUGGCAGCUAAAGAAUAAAAACAAAGCCGUCUCGGUCGAAGCCCAAAACGGGACCAAACCCAAAGUGUCUCUGAAGGACGCCAUUGGUGCUAGCAUUUCCAGAGGGAAACUAGUUUCCGGCGCUAACGGUAACGGGAACAAGUACUCGACGGUGGCAGUUCCGACGUUCGCCAAUCCGUUUUGGAUGGAGAUGGCUGUUAUAGGAAAACGGUCUUUAACAAACUCACGGAGAAUGCCGGAAUUAUUCGGAAUCCGUUUGGGUGCAGUUUUAGUGACGGGUGGAAUCUUGGCGACGAUCUUUUGGCACCUUGACAAUUCCCCGAAAGGGGUUCAAGAGCGUUUGGGGUUCUUCGCAUUCGCCAUGUCCACCACAUUCUACACCUGCGCCGAAGCCAUCCCCGUGUUCCUCCAAGAGCGUUACAUCUUCAUGAGGGAAACCGCUUACAACGCCUACCGUCGCUCUUCCUACGUCCUCGCGCACUCUAUCAUUUCCCUCCCUUCCCUCCUUUUCCUCUCUCUUGCCUUCGCCGCCACCACAUUUUGGGCCGUGGGCCUCGCUGGCGGCACUUCCGGCUUCCUCUUUUACUUCUUGACCAUUGUAGCCUCCUUUUGGGCCGGCAGCUCCUUCGUGACGUUCCUCUCGGGUGUGGUCUCGCACGUGAUGCUUGGCUUCACGGUGGUGGUUGCUAUAUUGGCCUACUUCGUUCUCUUCAGCGGCUUCUUCAUCAGCAGAGACAGGAUUCCUCCCUACUGGAUAUGGUUCCACUAUCUAUCGCUUGUCAAGUACCCCUACGAGGGAGUGUUGCAGAACGAGUUCCAUGUUCGUCCUCCCAGAUGCUUCGUCAGAGGGAUUCAGAUGUUCGAUAAUACGCCGUUGGGUGAUGUGCCCGAGACCCUCAAGGUGGAGCUCCUCAAGAGCAUGAGCAAGACGCUGGGAAUGAACAUAAGUAGCUCCACCUGCGUCAUCACCGGACUCGAUAUACUGAAGCAGCAGGGGAUCACGCAGCUCAGCAAGUGGAACUGCUUGUGGAUCACCAUUGCUUGGGGAUUCUUCUUUCGCUUUCUCUUUUAUUUGACGCUUCUCUUUGGGAGCAAGAACAAAAGGAGUUAG